AUGGAUAACAACGAUGAUGACGAUGAAGAAAAUUUAGAACGUGAUAAAAAUAAAUCAUCGAUGAUUUUCGAAGAACUUUCCGAAGCUGAUUUUAUCGAUAAUUUAGAAGGUUUCGAUAGGAAUUCAGAAUAUCAAAUUCGUCCCACGUUAGCUGAUAAAUUUAAAUCGUUAUCCGUUAAAGAAUUAAUACACACAGUCCUUCACGAAGAACUAGGGGGUAAAGUGUAUUCAAUGGAUAAAUCAGAAGAAUGGACGAAAACAAUAGUAACCAAUGUUAAAGAUUCAGUCAAAGGAUUAGGAUUUAAAAGAUAUAAGAUAAUUGUACAAACGAUAUUGGGUCAAAAUAAAGGUUCAGGUGUUAAAAUAGGAGCAAGGUGUCUUUGGGAUGCUGAUACGGAUAAUUUUGCAUCUGAUAGUUUUUUAAAUGAUACAAUGUUUUGUUGUGUGACAGUUUUCGGAAUAUAUUGUUACUAG